AUGUUUGUUGAUACAACGCUUCAUCCCAUCAUCACCAUGACAACCAUCCACGGGUCCCCUCCAUCCACCACCCAAAUUGGCGGGCACGCACACCCACCGCAAUUGGCACGGGAGAUACAGGCCGCGAAUCUUUCCCGCAGCGGGGACAGGACGGGGGAAGGGGAGAGAGGGGGGCUGAGAGGCAGCUCUCUCGGGACUUCGCCAGGGGGAGCGCGGGGGAAGCGGGGUGCGGGGAUAGAGAGGAGGGCGAAAGGCGAUGCCUCUCCAGUAGCCCCCCCCGGGACGAUCGGAGGAGAAAUGUGCGCCGGCGGAAGUCCUGGGAGGACGGGCGGGGAGACUGGGAGGGGGACCGAGGGGGAAGGGGGCGAGGAGACCAUGUGGCAUGGGGGAGGGGGGCUGGGGAGCGGGGCGGUGAGGGGUUUGAGGGGAUGGGAGGCGGUGGUGGUGGGAGAGGUGACAGGGGAAGGGUUGAUAAUAGCGGGAGUGGAGGAAGAGGUGAUUAUAUGGGGAGGGGCGGAAGAGGUGAUCAUAGCGGGACGGGGGGAAGAGGUGAUCAUAGCGGGACGGGGGGAAGAGGUGAUCAUAGCUGGACGGGGGGAAGAGGUGAUCAUAGCGGGACGGGGGGAAGAGGUGAUCAUAGCGGGACGGGGGGAAGAGGUGAUCAUAGCGGGACGGGGGGAAGAGGUGAUCAUAGCGGGACGGGGGGAAGAGGUGAUCAUAGCGGGACGGGGGGAAGAGGUGAUCAUAGCGGGACGGGGGGAAGAGGUGACAAUCUGGGGAGGGGCGGAACGGUUGAGAAUAGUGGGAGGGGCGAGGGGCACGGGGGCUGGGGAGGCGGAAGCAGGGGCAUGCCUGGCGGCGUCCGCGGAAGAGGAGGCGCUGCCCACAGCGGCGGGCGCAGCAGCGGGCGCAGCGGCAGCAGCCGAAGCUCCGCGCACAACGCUGGCAGCAGCGGCGGCGGCGGCGGCAGCGGCGGUGGCGGGGGAGGGGGCGGUGCGUUACUACGGCGAGGGCCGGUAUGGGAGGGGCAGGCAAGGCGGAGGUGCGGACGGGAGUCUGUCCUUUGCUGGUGCUGCUGCUGCUGCUGCUGCUGCUAGUGAUGGUGGCAGGGUCAGGGGCCGGGCCGGAGGUGUCGAUCCAUCCGCCCGCACCGCUGCUGCUGAUUGUUCCGCUCUGACCCGGCUGCAUGAGGAGCGGUUCUUUUCGAGACCCGAGGCGUACUUUAUGGAGGAUGAGUAUGGCGCUGUAGCGGCGAGAGAGGGCUGGAGGCAUAGGGAUGACAGGGAGACGGAACAGGGGAGGAGGGGAUAUGACGAGAAGUUGAGUGGAGCAGGGCGUGAGAGGAAGCUGAGUGAAGGAAGGGAGCAGAAGGAGCAGAGAGGGGUGAGGCAGAGGGGUGGUGAUGGUAGUGCUGGUGGUGGUGGUGCAGUGGGGGGCCGCAGGGAUGAGAAUGGUGCUGAGAGGAUGGAGGAUGGAGAAAGAGAGGUGGAUGAGGUGGUGGGGGAGGGGGGAACGGGUGGAGGGAAGAGUGAGGGAGGGGAAGAAGGCGGGGAGGAAGCAGGAGAUAAAGCACGCUCACCGCACACCACCUCACCGCACACCACCACGCCGCAGACGGACGUGCCGCACACCACCGUGGUUGCAGACCCGGCACCGGCACUCCCCUCUGCUGCUGCUCCUCCCCUUCCCCCCCGCAAGCUCAUCCCUGUGCGCAUCCGCUCUCCCUUACCUGACUUAAGUGAACGAUUGGACUACACCGUCUGCCCACCCCCACGAGCAGCACUGCCGCACACAAGACGAGCCGGUAGCAAGAGCAGGAGCAGGGGCAGGGGCAGGAGCAGGGGCAGCUCAGGAAGGUAUGGAGAGAAGGAUGACGAAGAAGAUCUGGAGGAAGAAGACUGGGACGAAGAGGGAGAGGGAGAGGAGGAGGAGGAGGAGGAGGAGGAGGAGGAGGAGGAGGAGGAGGAGGAGGAGGAGGAGGAGGAGGAGGAGGAGGAGGAGGAGGAGGAGGAGGAGGAGGAAGAGGAGGAGGCGGCGGCGAGGGAGAGGGUGAGAGUGAUCCAGCAGGGGCUGGUGCGGAAGCUGCAGCGGUUUGCGAGCGAGGGCGUGUUCACUAACGAAACGAGCCCAAGCCAUUUGUGGAGAAGGGCACGUCAAGACCCGGAGGUGGUGCAGUGGAUGAAGGAGCGUGCGCCCGGGUGCGGGCUCGGGCACGUGCCGGGUGUGCCUGUGGGCAUGCGGUUUCGGUGGCGGGAGGAGAUGCAGGUGCUGGGCGUGAAUUGCAGAUUCAAAUACAAGGUGGGCUGGGUGGUUCGGAACAGCUGGGCUUUGAGGUGGGGCGGGGGAGCAAAAGGGAGAGGGGUAGGGGCAGGUGGGAGAGGGGUAGGGUGUAGAGGUGGGAAAGGAGUGCCUGUGGCGACGUGCGUUGUGCAUAAGGUGGAAAGGGGUCGUGGUGGUGGUUGUGGUAAUGGCGUUUUCGGGGGCGUGCAGGGAUGGGGUAAGGGAUUGAAGGAGCAGCUGCAGAGCCAGCAGAAGCAGAGACAGCAGAAGCAGAGCGCGAGUAAGAGCAAGGGAAGGAAGCGCAAGUCACGAGAGGAAGAUGAGGAUGAGGGGGAUGGGAGCGAGGACGCAGAGGACGAGAAGAAGGAUUGCGACGACAGGGAAGAGCAUGCGAACUCUGCUGCUGCUGCUGCUGCUGCUGUGUAUGGUGCGCUAUGGAUCAAGAUUCCCGGGACUAGCUGGGAUGUAAAGGACUGCGAGAAAGCAGAGGAAGUGAAGUGUAACUUCAUGUAUGCGGGCCUGUACCACGUGGCGAGAGUGGAGCUGGGCAAGGCUGACAAGGGCAAGGUUGGCAAGGGCAAGGCUGGCAAGGGCAAGGUUGGCAAGGGCAAGGUUGGCAAGGGCAAGGUUGGCAAGGGCAAGGUUGGCAAGGGCAAGGUUGGCAAGGGCAAGGUUGGCAAGGGCAAGGCUGGCAAGGGCAAGGUUGGCAAGGGCAAGGUUGGCAAGGGCAAGGUUGGCAAGGGCAAGGUUGGCAAGGGCAAGGUUGGCAAGGGCAAGGUUGGCAAGGGCAAGGUUGGCAAGGGCAAGGUUGGCAAGGGCAAGGUUGGCAAGGGCAAGGUUGGCAAGGGCAAGGUUGGCAAGGGCAAGGUUGGCAAGGGUAAGGUUGGCAAGGGCAAGGUUGGCAAGGGCAAGGUUGGCAAGGGCAAGGUUGGCAAGGGCAAGGUUGGCAAGGGCAAGGUUGGCAAGGGCAAGGUUGGCAAGGGCAAGGUUGGCAAGGGCAAGGUUGGCAAGGGCAAGGUUGGCAAGGGCAAGGUUGGCAAGGGCAAGGUUGGCAAGGGCAAGGUUGGCAAGGGCAAGGUUGGCAAGGGCAAGGUUGGCAAGGGCAAGGUUGGCAAGGGCAAGGUUGGCAAGGGCAAGGUUGGCAAGGGCAAGGUUGGCAAGGGCAAGGUUGGCAAGGGCAAGGUUGGCAAGGGCAAGGUUGGCAAGGGCAAGGUUGGCAAGGGCAAGGGCAAGGGCAAGGUUGGCAAGGGCAAGGUUGGCAAGGGCAAGGUUGGCAAGGGCAAGGUUGGCAAGGGCAAGGUUGGCAAGGGCAAGGUUGGCAAGGGCAAGGUUGGCAAGGGCAAGGUUGGCAAGGGCAAGGUUGGCAAGGGCAAGGUUGGCAAGGGCAAGGUUGGCAAGGGCAAGGUUGGCAAGGGCAAGGUUGGCAAGGGCAAGGUUGGCAAGGGCAAGGUUGGCAAGGGUGAACGUGAACCUGCUUCUGGGUCGACUCGAAAGCGAGGGGACGCGGGCAAGGUUGACAAGGGUGCAACUGCUUCUGAGUCGACUCAAAAGCGAGGGGAGGCGGGCAAGGACGACAAGGAUGACAAGGAUGACAAGGAUGUCAAGGUACCGGAGCCAGAGAUCCGAUACCUGCUGCUGCGGCUGCCUGGUCAGGGAGGUGAUGCGGGUGCGGCAGGUGGUGGUGACGAGGGGGAUGAGGAGGAGGAAGAAGAAGAGGAUGAGGAUGGGGAGAGGCAGGAGGAGGGUGAGGAGGGGUGUGACAGUGGAGAGGAGGAAGAGGAGAAAGACAGUGAGAGUGAGGUGCAGAGGGGGAAGAAGCGGCAUUGGGGAAAAGGAGGAGGAGAGAGAGGAGGAGCAGCAGCAGCGCAAGCAACACCUGGCGACGAUGUGGGGAAUGUGGUGUGGGUGGAAGAGGAGGAGGAAGAAGAGAAAAGGUCGUGGAUGGUGGUGGGGUGCGAUGGGCGGGUGCACUGUGCUGUGAGCCGGCAGGUGGUGGAGAAGGUGAAGGAGGGCGAGGACGGCAGGUCCCUGCUUAACAUGGCUUGUCAGCUGAGGGUGGCCGUGCACGAAGGGAUGGCGCGGAGCGGAGGGGCGGGGGAGAGGGGAGGGAAGGGCGGGAGUAGAGGGAAAAGGGGGAGAGGAGGGAACGGGGGGAGUGGAGGGAACGGGGUGAGAGGAGGGAACGGGGAUGAGGGAAGAGGGAAGGGCAUUGGGGGAGAGUGUGGUGCGAGGAGGGGAGGAGCUGGGGUGAUAGGCAGUGGAAGACGGGAGCGGGCGGGUGGACAGGGGAGGGCGGGGUGGCAAGAGGAGGGAGGAGCGGGGGAGAUGGGUGUUGGUGGUGGUGAUUGGGAUGGUGCAGCUGUUGGGGGUGCGAGGGGUGGGGGGAGUGGAGUGGGUGGUGGUAGUGGGAUUGGGGCAGGAAAUGAGUCAGGGGGAGGAGCGUUGGGAGAGGAUGGGAUGAAGAGCGGCAUGCAUUGGCGGGGUACGCAGGGAGAGGAGGGAGAGAAGAGCAAUGAGAGAGCAGAAGGAUUGGAGAAUAAGGAGUUAGACGGAGCAGAGGGCGACGAGGAAGUUAAGAAAACUGAUCAACUGGAAGAUGAUGGGGAGGAAGAAGGCAGCAGUGACUGCAAUGGGGAAAGCAGUGAGAGUGAGAGUGAGAGUGAGAAUGAGAGUGAGAGUGAGAGUGAGGAGGAGCUUUUGGGGACAACGAGGAGAGCAAAGGGUGCAAAGGGUUUGGAGUUGGUACCCAAGGACGACGCUGCAGGACUGGGAGAUGAUGCCGCCGCCGCUGUUGCUGCUGCUGCUGCUGCCAUACCCUUGCCAGGGCCGUCCAAUGCUGGUAGCAUUGUUGUGUCGGGGCUAGCUUUUCCUGAUGAGGACGAGGAGGAGGAAGAGGAGGAAGAAGAGGAGGAAGAGGAGGAGGAGGAGGAGGAGGAGGAGGAGGAGGAGGAGGAGGAGGAGGAGGAGGAGGAGGAGGAGGAGGAGGAGGAGGAGGAGGAGGAAAAGAAAGAAGAGGAGGAGGAAGGGGAGGAGGACCAAGAGGAAGAGGAAGAGGAAGAGGAAGAGGAAGAGGCAGAGGCAGAGGUGGUUAUGUCAAGUUCAAAGAGUAAGAAGGGUCACAAGAAACAAGGAGGGAGCAGUGAAGAGGAGGAAAAUGUGCAGGAGAAGAAAAAGAAGCAUAGAAAGAAGGUGCAGACUAAGGAGCAGGAGGAGGAGGAGGAGGAGGAGGAGGAGGAGGAGGAGGAGGAGGAGGAGGAGGAGGAGGAGGAGGAGGAGGAGGAGGAGGAGGAGGAGGAGGAGGAAGAGGAGGAGGAGGAGGAGGAGGAGGAGGAGGAGGAAACGAAAGAAGGGGAGGAGGAAAAGAUGGAAGGGGAGGAGGAAAAUCAGGAAGAGGAAGAAACUGGGAGUCAGAAGCUCUGUAAUGAUGAGGUGCGGAGAAGUGGCAAGGGGUUGGAGGAGGCACGGACCAGGAAGAAGGAGGCGAAGAGGGUGAGGAGAGAAAAGGACAGAAAGAAGGGGGUGGUACAGGCAGGAGAGGGUGUUGUUGCGAGUGGGGAGGAGAAUGCUGUAGGAGGCAAGGGACAUGUGGAGGUGGUGGUGGUAGGGAAGAGAAGCAAGAAGGGAUUGAAGAGUUUGAGUGAGGAAGGAGUGUGUGAUGCUGCUGCUGUGAAGCCGACUAGAGGGGGGGAGGGGCCGCUGGAGGGGGAAAGGAGAAGGAAGAGAAGGAAGGUGAAAGAGCAGAUGGAUGAGGGAGAAGAUAACGUGGGAGUAGCUAGGGUUGGUGGUAGCAGUGACUUGCAGGAUGGGGCGAGGGUGAGAGAUGCGGGUACAGGGAAGAAGAGAAGAGGGCAAGUGUUGGGGGAGUGUGAUGGGAGAAGAGAAGGCAGUGGGGGUGGAGGAGAGGAGCGGGUGGAUGUUGAAGGGGAGGGGCUUCAGGAGGGGAAGGGCGAGGCGAUGAAAGCAAAGAGAGGGGUGGCACAAGGGCAGAGGGUGGCACAAGGGCAGAGGGUGGCACAAGGGCAGAGGGUGGCACAAGGGCAGAGGGUGGCACAAGGGCAGAGGGUGGCACAAGGGCAGAGGGUGGCACAAGGGCAGAGGGUGGCACAAGGGCAGAGGGUGGCACAAGGGCAGAGGGUGGCACAAGGGCAGAGGGUGGCACAAGGGCAGAGGGUGGCACAAGGGCAGAGGGUGGCACAAGGGCAGAGGGUGGCACAAGGGCAGAGGGUGGCACAAGGGCAGAGGGUGGCACAAGGGCAGAGGGUGGCACAAGGGCAGAGGGUGGCACAAGGGCAGAGGGUGGCACAAGGGCAGAGGGUGGCACAAGGGCAGAGGGUGGCACAAGGGCAGAGGGUGGCACAAGGGCAGAGGGUGGCACAAGGGCAGAGGGUGGCACAAGGGCAGAGGGUGGCACAAGGGCAGAGGGUGGCACAAGGGCAGAGGGUGGCACAAGGGCAGAGGGUGGCACAAGGGCAGAGGGUGGCACAAGGGCAGAGGGUGGCACAAGGGCAGAGGGUGGCACAAGGGCAGAGGGUGGCACAAGGGCAGAGGGUGGCACAAGGGCAGAGGGUGGCACAAGGGCAGAGGGUGGCACAAGGGCAGAGCCCGUUGGAAGCAGAGGAGAUGAUAUGGGAGAGCUAA